CGAGGGGAAUCUCUGAUCGCACCAUGGUGUUCCUGGCGUCUUUCCUCAGCAGGUUUCUUGCUACCCAUGGACUUCUUCUACUCUACUGCAAUUUCUCUGCUGCUUCUGUAACACCAGAAUCUAUCUUUUCAAGGUUUGACACCGACAGCAGUGGUGUCAUUGACGCUGAAGAAUUUGCGACUGGGAUUAAAAAUGAGGGACAUGAUAUGAGCAAAAAACUAAUGGAAGCAAUAUUCAACUCAGUGGACGAUGACGCUAGCGGAACUGUUGAUUUAAAAGAAUUCCCCACCUUGCUUGAGAUUGCUCAGCGAUUGGCUGAGGUCAGUCAGUGGGACGACCUAAAGGAACAACUCUUCCACUUUUAUGACACAAAUGAUGACAACUACGUCAGCAGUGAAGAGUUAAGCGCCCUCUUCUCAGACUCCGUUCCAGAAGAGAUCAGCGCUCUGGUGAAGGGAGACAACAUGCUGGACUUUAAUGAAUUUUCCCAGAUCAUGGAGGCUGUGGAACGACUCUGAAGCACCUUCCACCUUCUCUCUGCGCAGGAAGUCCUUCGAAUUUUUUGAAAAUUGGG